CAAUGGUGUUGUUUAAGCAAGUCUGGCUGAAACUAUGCUUGAGAGUUGGGAUUAGUGUCUCAAUGAUCGGCAUUCAGUUUGGAAUAGUUGCUCCUUUCACCGUGUUCUACCCCAAAAGUUAUUAUUAGACUUUUUACAUAAUCCCACCUGUUUGUUGGGUUUGUGAUUUCGUGGAAAGAGGGAAAUCACGGGGAGUAGGGCAGGUGGUUGGAAAAUUCGGAUCAUUGCUUAAGAGUCAUUCGUGCAGUGCUCAAUGGACUAUUUUACAAUUCUCUAACAAGCACCACUUUUGGGUGGAUCAUCUACCUGAGGAAUUUUUUUUUCAACACAUUCAGUGUCUUCCUAAAGUAAAGAAAAAAUAUUUUUUCUUGUGAAUUAUUCGUGAGUGUAUUAGGAAAAGAAUCGUGAUAGAGCGAGGAAUCUCUUAAUUUUUUUUUAUUAACAAUAAAGAAGUAAAGAAAAGAUGUCCAAAGUACACGGUGGUUUCCCACAAAUGGAGAUGGAUGAACCCUUCUACGUUCGAAGGCGUCCAGAACCCUUCAGUUUAUGGCAAUUUCUCUACAAUUCCGAUAAAGGAACCGUGAUGGGACGUUCGGGAAAGUCUUGGGUUAAAAUUGGAAUUUUCUACACUGUAUUCUAUGGCGUUCUGGCAGCUCUCGUGGCUAUCUGCAUGUGGGUCUUCUUCCAAACACUCGAUCCUCGCAUACCAAAAUGGAAAAUGAAUAAAUCUCUGAUUGGAACAAAUCCAGGACUGGGAUUUAGACCACUACCACCAGAAGAGAAUGUUGAGAGUACUUUAAUUUGGUACAAAGGUACUGAUUACGAGAACUAUAACGUGUGGACGGAGGCUCUCAACGAAUUCUUAGCAGUGUACAAAACACCUGGUUUGACACCGGGUCGUGGUCAAAAUAUUUACAAUUGCGACUACCAACGACCACCCCCACCUGGUCAAGUGUGUGAUGUGGAAAUCAAGAGUUGGACUCCCUGUACACAGGAAAAUAACUACAAUUACCACAAAAGCUCCCCGUGUGUCUUCUUGAAGCUCAACAAAAUUUACGGAUGGAUCCCUGAAUACUACAAUGAUUCCCACUACCUGCCCGAUGGGAUGCCGCAGCAAUUGAAGGAUCUCGUUCGCGAGGAAGAAGUCAAAACUCCACAUACACUCAAUACAAUUUGGGUAUCAUGUGAGGGGGAGAAUCCUGCCGAUAUUGAGAAUGUGGGUCCUGUGCGGUAUUAUCCACGUCAGGGAUUCCCAGGAUACUUCUAUCCGUAUGAAAAUUCAGAAGGAUACCUAAGUCCCCUGGUUGCUGUCCACUUUGUGCGUCCAGUUCGUGGCAUCAUUAUAAAUAUUGAAUGCAAAGCAUGGGCUAAGAAUAUUCACCAUGAUCGUAAGGAGAGAAUAGGAUCGGUUCAUUUUGAAUUGAUGAUCGACUAACACCCUCCGUGUUCUACAAAAAAAAAAUUGAAAUUUAUAGUAAAAAGAAAAUACUUUUUUUUUGAAUCUCUUUCAGCACACCGUGACAACAAAUUACACAUUUUUAAAAAAAAAAUUAAAUAAAAUGUAAACAAAAUAAUUUUAUUUUGUAAAAUAGAUAUCAAUCGAGUUUGUAAGUUUUAUUGUGGACAAAAAAGACAAAAUUUAGGAAAAACUCAAUAAAUGUAAUUUUAAGACAACUAGCCAUAUAUUGUAAUUAUUUUUUUCUUUUAAUGCAGAUCUGUUUUAGAUUUGAAUAAAAAAAUUUGACAGUGUA